UCCGCUGAGGUUAAGCUAGUUAACCCUUCCCUGCCUGGACCUCCUCUGCACCUCCUCUGCACCUCCUGCUCUUUGGACCCCCAGCUCCGGGUUUAAAUGGCCGGCGUCGCCCUGCAGUGUUCCGCUCCCUGGCGUUUGGUCAAGCUAAGAAGCUUGGUCAGAUUCUCCAGUAUUCCCAGUCUGAAGUUCCACACCACAGCCUCUCCUAUGAUGGGUGCGACCGUGGAGCAGUUCGAACAGGCGAAGGGCAAACUGUCGACGCUGAGGAACGACCCCGGCAAUGAGGUCAAACUGAAGAUCUACGCUCUCUUCAAACAGGCCACUCAGGGUCCCUGCAACACGCCCAAGCCGGGCAUGCUGGACUUCGUCAACAAGGCCAAAUGGGACGCGUGGAAAUCUCUGGGCGCCAUCUCACAGGAUGAAGCCAGGCAGCAGUACUGCAACCUGAUUGGCUCCUUGGUGGAGGCAGAAGGUCCGAGCUCCGCCCAGGAGGCCGCCUCACCUGUUGGGAGCGGGGCGACGUACAAGACGCUACUGGUCACCACGGAGGAUGACAUCACCACCAUAAAACUGAACCGACCGGCCAAGAAAAACGCCAUCACUACCGAGAUGUACAGUGAAAUGAUCGCAGCUCUGGAGCAGGCGGCUAAAGACCAAUCAGUCAUCACUGUUUUCACUGGUGCUGGUGAUUUCUACUGCAGUGGAAACGACCUGACCAACUUCCAGCUGAAAGAGGGAGGGGUGGAGGAGAUGGCCAGACAAGGUGGAGAGCUGCUCAGGAAGUACGUGAGGGCCUACAUCGACUUCCCGAAGCCGCUGGUUGCCGUGGUGAAUGGACCAGCUGUAGGAAUCUCAGUCACUUUGCUAGGACUCUUUGAUCUGGUCUACGCCACUGAGAGGGCGACCUUCCACACUCCGUUCAGUCAGCUGGGUCAGAGCGCUGAAGGCUGCUCCUCCUACACCUUCCCCAAGAUAAUGGGCACCGCUAAGGCCAGUGAGAUGCUGUUGUUCAAUAAGAGGCUGACGGCGGCUCAGGCCUGUGAACUGGGUCUGGUCACUGAGGUUUUCCCCGACAGCAGCUUCCAGUCGGAGGUCUGGACCAGACUGAAGGCUUACGCCAAGCUGCCCCGCAAUUCUUUGGCGUUCUCCAAGCAGCUGAUCCGCUCGGUGGAGAAGGAGCGUCUCUACGCAGUAAAUGACGCAGAGGUGGAGUGUCUGAUUGGCCGCUGGAUGUCGGACGAGUGUUUCAACGCCGUCAUGAGCUUCUUCCAGGCCAAGGCCAAGCUCUGAGGGAGGGAGGGAAGAGGUGUGUGUGUGUGUGUGUGUGAGAGACAGGGAGUGUGUUUCUAACAGCUGAGGAUCAAUAAUCCUCCAGGAUCAGGACUGAAACUGAAACUCCAGGAUAAUUCUUCCUCGUAGUUUUUAUUAUGAGAAGCUCAGCUGUUGUUAAACGGCACAAACGAGUGAUUUCACACGUAGAACAUGAACCCUGCUUCUGUCUUUACAUUCACUUCCUGUCAGAAAAUCAAACAUUCUCAGUCCUCCAUCAGGUCUGGAUCCCGAUCUGUGCUGAGACCAGAUCUGUUUUAGCCGUGUUGGCGUCUCUGGACUCUGAUGAUCCUCUGACUUUUCCUCUGGCGCCUCCAUCAGGUCACAUUUGAAUUUGUCCAUUAGUUUGGUUUGUGCAGAACUAAUGACUCUCCGCCCUCAGCUGGACUCUGCGUUCAGUGCUAAUGUUAGCAUGCUAACACAGUCGCACCUGCAGACACAGCAGCAGAUUUGAACGUGUCAGCUGUUUGUUUUCAUCAGGUAAAACAGUGACAUCAUCAACCAGCUGAUUGAACUGUCAUCAUGAUCUAAUGUUUUUAUCGUUGUAUUGUGUUUGUAACGAGGGAACAUUAAUGAUUCAGUUUGUGUUGAGCUCUGUCGUUAAAGUGCCUUAAACACUUUGUAAACUCUGAAGCUGCUCUUCAUCCGUCACAUUAAACUUAUCAUCGUCAUUUCUCUUCGGUCAAUAAAAGCAGAAUUUGUAAUUAUUAAAGUUGUGUUUUAGUUUGUAUGAAACGGAUCAAAGUUGACACUGAUUUCUUCCACGUGUUUGAGUCUACAAAUGUUUUUUUAAUCGCAUUCAAAGCGAAAUCUUUAGAUGUAAACGUGAAUUUUAAAAAUCCUCAUGCUUCAGUAAAAAUGAAAUCUUCAGACCUUUUUAAAAUGUUACAGUAAGAUUCAGACUGAAGAGACAUCAAAUAAAAUACAACACACAGAACCUAAAGAAAACAUUCACACACUUCAGGAAGUAUCCAGGCCCCUUGACUUUUUACAGUUUAUUUAUUGUGUUAAUGGAUAAAAACAGAAAACACCUGCAGCAAGAUCCCCAGGUGUUUAAUUCUUUUUAUAUAUCUUUUGAUCGGGUUAUGUUUGUGUGUGGCGGGGCUGGAUGAGCUUCCUGUGGCUGUCAAAAUAAAUGUAAUAGCAAUA